GAUGGCGGCGCCCGUCUCGGUAUGCCAUGUCGCCUGCUGCGCCAACCGGGUGGCCGGCGGGGCCGUAUCCUGGGGCCGCGAGGGGCUCCUCGCCUUUGGCAGCUGCCGGGACGUCAUACUUUACCAGCCGGCGGCCAGGCGGACGGUAGCAGCGCUCCGCGGGCACGGCGGCAGGGUGAACUGCGUGCGCUGGGCACGGCGGCGGGACGGCGCAACUGAAACUGAGUUAGUUUCUGGCGCAUCUGAUAAAAAGCUCAUUCUCUGGGAGUGGAAUAGGACAGGAGUUUGGAAUGAUCAGCUUGCGAAAAGCGUUCCUCUCGAAGGCCAUACUGAAGCUGUUUGUGCUGUGGAUGCUGUCUACCAGUCAGAUGAACCUGAUUUAAAUCUGUUAAUAGCUUCUGCAGCAUCUGACUCUACUGUGAGAAUUUGGUCUCGACAUGAUUCAGAAGUUAAAUGCAUUGAAAUUCUGCAGUUUGGAAAUGGAUUUGUUAUGGAUGUUUCCUUAUCCUUCUUGACUGGCAGCAAUGUACCAAUACUGGCUUGUGGUGGUGAUGACUGCAAAAUAAACUUGUUUAUACAGCAGAAUGGUCAGUUUCAGAAAACAGUAAUACUCCCUGGCCACGAAGAUUGGAUAAGAGGUGUUGAAUGGGCGAUCUGUGGUGAUGAUCUGUUCUUAGCAAGCUGUGCUCAGGAUUGUUUGAUAAGAAUUUGGAAAGUGUGUACAAAAUCAAAGCAGUGUUCAGAAAUUGAGGAUGAUUCUAUCAGACUGAAAGAGAAUGUUUUUACUGUUAAAGAUGCUGAUACAACAUACGGAAUUACUUUGGAGUCUGUGCUGGCUGGCCAUGAAAACUGGGUGUAUGCAGUCCACUGGCAGCCUUCCUUUUCCAAAGCAGGUGGCAGCAUGCAACAACCAAUGAGGAUAUUGUCUGCAUCAAUGGACAAAACUGUGAUCAUCUGGGAACCUGAUAAGGAGUCUGGAGUUUGGCUAGAACAGGUGCGGGUAGGUGAAGUGGGUGGCAAUACCCUUGGAUUUUUUGACUGCCAGUUUAGUCCAGAUGGUUCAAUGAUCAUUGCUCAUGCUUUUCAUGGAGCAUUCCACCUUUGGAAACAGGCUUCAGUUAAUAAGAAGGAAUGGACUCCGGAAGUUGUGAUUUCAGGACAUUUUAACAGUGUUGAGGAUGUACAGUGGGACCCAGAAGGAGAAUUUAUCAUUAGCGUUGGUUCUGAUCAAACUACUAGACUAUUUGCUCCAUGGAAAAGAAAACAUGAGACACAGGUAACCUGGCAUGAAAUAGCCCGGCCUCAAGUACAUGGCUAUGACAUGCGUUGUCUGGCAAUGGUUGGCCGCUUUCAGUUUGUGUCAGGAGCAGAUGAAAAAGUGCUUCGAGUUUUUUGUGCUCCCAAGAAUUUUAUAGAAAAUUUCAGUAACAUCACUGGUAUUCCAAUGGAGAAGCUGUGUUCCCAUCAAUCUUCUGACCUUCCAGAAGGUGCAACUGUGCCAGCAUUGGGUUUAUCCAAUAAGGCUGUUUUUGAAGGAGAUAUAUCUGCUCAAGUAGCUGAGGAUGAAGAAACGUUUAAUACUAUUUCUAAUCAGUAUCCUGAGACAUAUUUUCAACCCCUGAUCCUUACAGAACCUCCUCAAGAGGAUCACUUGCUGCAGAAUACAUUGUGGCCUGAAAUUCAGAAGUUGUAUGGACAUGGAUAUGAAAUUUUUUGUGUUGCUUGCAAUAAUUCAAACACUGUAAUUGCCUCAGCGUGUAAGGCUUCCAAAAAAGAACAUGCAGCAAUUAUUUUGUGGAGCACUUCUUCUUGGAAGAAAAUACAGAGUUUGCCAUUUCACAAUCUGACUGUUACUCAGCUGGCAUUUUCACCUAAUGACAAACUUCUAUUAGCAGUGUCCAGAGACAGAAAUUGGUCACUGUGGAGGGAAGAAGUCUCAUCAGAGUCAGGACCAGUUUUCAGUUGCUGUGCACACACAGACAAAAAUACAGCUGUUCACAGUCGAAUCAUUUGGUCUUGUGAUUGGAUGCCAGAUAGCAAAUAUUUUGUUACUGGCAGUCGGGACAAAAAGGUCAUCAUCUGGGGUCAGUGUGAUUUACCUGUGACUACUGAAGGCAGUGUGUUGGAUUCAAUCAAACCUUGUUCAACAGUACUGGAUGCUGGAGAUUCUGUUACUGCCGUUAGUAUCAGCCGUGUGCUUACUCCUGAUGGAAGGUAUAUUGUCGCAAUAGGCUUAGAGAAUGGGAAGAUUAACUUUUACACAUGGAAGCAGAGUGGGCAAGAACCAUCAGCAGCUGACUGGACCAAGUGUGUUGAGAUGGAUAACAGCCAAAGCCAUGCUCUUGCUGUGAAACGUUUGUGCUGGAGACAUCGUGAGGGCAGAGCUGGACAUAAUGAUCAGAAAAACAGCGAGUGGUUGCAGCUUGCAAGUUGUGGAGCUGAUCACUGUGUUAAAAUAUUCAAUGUCAACAGAUUUGCUCUUUAACAGAGACAGCAGGCCUGUCUGUGCGAAAUUAAUUCGCAACACUUUUUCAGCAUUUUUUAAUCUUGUUUUUGAAUUGUUUUCUGCUAUGGAAAGUGAAACAUCUGAAAUAUAACUUAUUAAAACAACUUUGAUAACUGGA